CGUCAUUUCCGCACAUGCGCAGUCAGAUUGAUCCGCUUGCUAAACAACGGUCGCAGGAGAGAGAAAAGGCAGCAAUAUAUCAAAGUGUUCGCCGUCAGAGGGCAAGAAAAUGUGUCAGUUGUGUUGACAAAUAUAUCAACAACAAGUGUGUGGCGACGACCCGGUGAAAGAAGCAACGUUUGAACCAGGACCUACGAGCCGUUUCGCCGGAGUGUGAAGGAAGAGUCGAGUCACCGACGGAAAAACAUCCCGAGUGAGACCAUGAAUCCUGAAUACGACUAUCUGUUCAAGCUCCUGCUGAUUGGCGACUCUGGAGUAGGCAAGUCCUGUCUGUUGCUUCGCUUUGCCGAUGACACCUACACUGAGAGCUACAUCAGUACCAUCGGAGUGGACUUUAAGAUUCGAACUAUUGAACUGGAUGGCAAAACCAUUAAACUGCAGAUUUGGGACACCGCAGGCCAGGAGAGAUUUCGUACCAUCACCUCCAGCUACUACCGCGGCGCCCACGGCAUCAUUGUCGUCUACGACGUGACAGACCAGGAGUCCUACAGCAAUGUCAAGCAGUGGCUCCAGGAAAUAGACCGCUACGCCAGUGAGAACGUCAACAAGCUCUUGGUGGGCAACAAGUGUGAUCUGACCACCAAGAAAGUUGUGGACUACACCACAGCAAAGGAGUUUGCCGACUCUUUGUCCAUCCCCUUCCUGGAGACCAGCGCCAAGAAUGCCACCAACGUGGAACAGGCCUUCAUGACCAUGGCCGCCGAGAUCAAGAAGCGCACGGGACCCGGGGCUACGGCCGGAGGCGACAAGCCCAAUCUAAAGAUUGAGAGCACGCCCGUCAGGCAGACUGGAGGCGGCUGCUGCUAAGGCGGCCAUUGAUCACCUCCUCCACCACUCCCUUGAGAUCCUCCUCUGGCUUUCUUUUCACUCCCACGCCUCACCGUCUCGCCAUAGAGCUCCACCUUACCAGCAGGUCAGACAGGAGGCAGUAAGCAAUGACAGGAAGAUGCAGACAUUUCCAUUUAUUUGAAUCUCAACAGGUUAGUCACAAGCUCACGUUUGCGCACACACACACACACACACACACACACACACACACACACACACACACACAGUCUAAUGCUUUUUUAAUGGCUGUCUUCAAAUCUUAAAGGUCUGCAAGUUUAAAAGGACGAUCGUCCACUCGCACUUCUUGACCUUGUGAAAUACUAAGCUUCCUCAGUCUUCUGCGUCUCCUCUGCACACCUUUUUUUUUUUUUAGUGUUUUAAAAAAUAUCAAAAUACUUUCUCAUAAGUAAAAAAAAAAAUUAAAAAAAAAGGUACACACUGUACUUGCGUGCCCAGAUUUCAGAAGUGCCUGGUGACUGCGGGGGGUGGUGGAGUAAAUACCGGUAUAGAGGUUGUCUUUGGUCAAUAAUUGCUUGUCAGCAGCUCGCUUAUUUCCACCUGGAGGAAAGGCGGGGCUUACGGUUCUUUUCCGCUUGUCUUACAAAUGAUGGACUUCUUCAAGAACUGCGGCACGAUGCUGCAUCAUUUUGAUGCUCUUUCCUGCUGCUUCUGACUAACAUCAAGCCUUUUGUUUUAUUCCUAAGGCUUUGUUUCGACUUGCAAGAGAAUCAUUAGAAUUGUUUUGAGUUCUCAUGUCUGGAGUGAAGCUGUCUGAUUUACCUCCCUAUCAUGUUAGCUUGGUCAAGCGGGUUUAGGGCGCCACCUAUGGCUAUAUUCCUCCCUUCAGACCUGUCGGUGUGUCUGGAGCGCGUGGAGGUUUUAGGGACUGACUGGUCUUGGUUUCCAGACCGGGUAUGACCUCCCUGGCUGCAACUUAGUCGAAAACAUCUCAAAGGCGUCAGCGUCAGGUGUGUUGGGUGGUAGGAAGUGUGUGGUUUAGUUGUUGGCUGGAGCAGGACCAGGGUGCAACAUUCCCCAUGGAUUUGGACACAUCUCCAGCAGAUGCUUGACUUUAAUAUAUCUAUACUGGAUGUUUGUGCUUUCAUGACUGAUGCAUUUAUUUAACCUUGCUAUUCUACUGAUUUUUAAUGUCUUUAUUAACGAAAUACUGUGCCGUGUAGUCCACUGUGUGGGGUGUAGAUAAACAUGGUUUUCUUCUUUCACACAUGGCUUGAUGGAGAUGACUUACUUUUUUGGGGCUUAUUUAAAAAAGAAAAAGCACUAGCGGUGAAUGAAGACACACACACACACACACACACACGUACAUGCACACUGGGCACCUGUUAAGUCACUUUCCGUCUUUUGAGUUUGCUUGUUGACGUUGGUGCUGUCGUUUGUCUGUACAUAUUAUAAAUAUCUAUAUAAUAAAAUGAUAAAAAUGAUCAGCAAUAAAA